UGAGUUCAUUCACUGGGAUUGGUUUCAAGUGACGCCAUCUCUUUAUUUUUAAACCAAUGACCUCAUCCGCGCUUGAAGUUUCCUGACCAGAGACUCUUUCUCUUUCCCCCAACCCCCCAUCCCCCCCGCUUUCCCCCCUCUUUUUGUGUACCACUUCUUGGGGGGCUUUAAUCAGUUUUUUUUUUUUAACAAUUAUCACGUCUCCCUCCCCUUCCCCUUUCACCACGUGGGCCCUCACCUUUACCUCUUAAGUUCUUCACCCCUUUCGACAUUUUUUUUUUUUUGAAAGCUGGUGGGGGGGGAGGGUGGAAAAGAAAGAGUGAAGAAAAGUUGCAAACGUCUCCUCUCCUCCUAAGCCUCCCGCCCCCUCCCACUCUUCAGAGAAGGAGAAGAUAAUAUAGUGAAAAGAAGAGGAGGAGGAACGAGCGACGGGACGGGACGCGAGCGGGAGCGCAGCCCCCUCCCGGCUCCGCCGCGGCGCCUCGCUAGCUCGGGAGGCGACGGGGGCCCGAGGGGAGACACCGUGACAACUUUCGUUUCCCUCCGAGGGAGCCGGGGGGUCGGCAGCCCCCAAAGCUUUCAGUCCAGUGUAAAGCUGUUGGCGCGAGGGAGCAAAGGUAAAGAAUGAUGUAAUCCACUGGCUGCCCCAAAGCAUCUUUUGUUGUGGAAUGGUUAUUCCAGUCAUCUCUUUAUGAAUCAAAUGUGAGGGGCUGCUUUGUGGACGGAGUCCUUUGGGAGAGCACAUCAACGGGAAAGAGAAAGAGACAUUCACUUGGAGGGCUCUCGCUGAAAAUGGGUUUAACUCCCCUUCUGCCAGUCACCACCAGCCUGACCUCAUACAUUUUUAGUACAAUGGAGUGGCUGAGCCUUUGAGCACACCAUUACAUCAUCGUGGCAAAUUAAAGAAGGAGGUGGAAAAAGAGGACUUAUUGUUGUCAUGGCCCAUGAGAUGAUUGGAACUCAAAUUGUUACUGAGAGGUUGGUGGCUCUGCUGGAAAGUGGAACGGAAAAAGUGCUGCUAAUUGAUAGCCGGCCAUUUGUGGAAUACAAUACAUCCCACAUUUUGGAAGCCAUUAAUAUCAACUGCUCCAAGCUUAUGAAGCGAAGGUUGCAACAGGACAAAGUGUUAAUUACAGAGCUCAUCCAGCAUUCAGCAAAACAUAAGGUUGACAUUGAUUGCAGCCAGAAGGUUGUAGUUUAUGAUGAAAGCUCUCAAGAUGUGGACUCUCUGUCUUCAGACUGUUUUCUCACUGUACUUCUGGGUAAACUGGAGAAGAGCUUCAACUCUGUUCACCUGCUUGCAGGUGGGUUUGCUGAGUUCUCUCGUUGUUUCCCUGGCCUCUGUGAAGGAAAAUCCACUCUAGUCCCUACCUGCAUUUCUCAGCCUUGCUUACCUGUUGCCAACAUUGGGCCAACCCGAAUUCUUCCCAAUCUUUACCUUGGCUGCCAGCGAGAUGUCCUCAACAAGGAGCUGAUGCAGCAGAAUGGGAUCUGUUACGUGUUAAACGCCAGCAGUACCUGUCCAAAGCCAGACUUUAUCCCCGAGUCUCACUUCCUGCGAGUGCCUGUGAAUGAUAGCUUUUGUGAGAAAAUUUUGCCAUGGUUGGACGAAUCAGUAGAUUUCAUUGAGAAAGCAAAAGCCUCCAAUGGCUGCGUCCUAGUGCACUGCUUAGCUGGGAUCUCUCGCUCUGCUACCAUCGCUAUCGCCUACAUCAUGAAGAGGAUGGACAUGUCUUUAGAUGAAGCUUAUAGAUUUGUGAAAGAAAAGAGACCUACUAUAUCUCCAAACUUCAAUUUUCUGGGCCAACUCUUGGACUAUGAGAAGAAGAUUAAGGACCAGACUGGAGUAUCAGGGCCAAAGAGCAAACUCAAGCUGCUGCACCUGGAGAAGCCAAACGAACCUGUCCCUGCAGUCUCAGAGGGUGGACAGAAAAGUGAGCUGUCCCUCAGUCCACCCUGUGCUGACUCUGCUACCUCAGAGGCAGCAGGGCCAGGGCCUGUGCAUGCUGCCAGUGUGCCCGGCGCGCAGCCGUCGCUCUUAGAGGACAGCCCCCUGGUGCAGGCGCUGCAUGGGCUGCACCUGUCCUCAGACCGGCUGGAGGACAGCAGUAAGCUCAAGCGGUCCUUCUCACUGGAUAUCAAAUCAGUUUCGUAUUCAGCCAGCGUGGCAGCAUCCUUACAUGGUUUCUCUUCAUCAGAAGAUGGUUUGGAAUACUACAAACCAUCCACUACUCUGGAUGGGACCAACAAGUUAUGCCAGUUCUCCCCAGUUCAGGAAGUAUCAGAGCAGAGUCCCGAAACCAGCCCAGAUAAGGAGGAAGCCAACCUCCCCAAGAAGCCCCAGACUCCCAGGCCUUCCGACAGCCAGAGUAAGCGGUUGCACUCAGUAAGAACCGGCAGCAGUGGUGCCACCCAGAGGUCCCUCUUCUCUCCGUUGCACCGAAGUGGGAGUGUGGAGGACAAUCACCACACCAACUUCCUUUUUGGCCUCUCCGCCAGCCAGCAACACCUCACGAAGUCUGCUGCCGGGCUGGGCCUCAAGGGCUGGCACUCAGAGAUCUUGGCUCCCCAGACCUCCGCCCCUUCCCUGACCAGUAGUUGGUAUUUUGCUGCAGAGUCCUCUCACUUCUACCCCGCCUCGGCCGUCUACGGAGGCAGUGCUGGCUAUUCUGCCUACAGCUGCAGUCAGCUGCCCACCUGCAGCGACCAAGUCUACUCCGUGCGCAGGCGGCAGAAGCCAAGUGACAGAGCUGACUCGAGGCGGAGCUGGCAUGAAGAGAGCCCCUUUGAAAAGCAAUUUAAACGGAGAAGCUGCCAAAUGGAAUUUGGAGAGAGCAUCAUGUCAGAGAACAGGUCACGGGAGGAACUGGGGAAAGUGGGCAGUCAGUCUAGCUUCUCAGGCAGCAUGGAAAUCAUUGAGGUCUCCUGAGAAGAAAGGCUCUUGCAACUUCUACGGACAGUUUUUUUUCUUUUUUGGUUCACAAAAAAUAUUCCCUGUAAAUCUGAAACAUAUAUAUGUACAUGCAUAUAUAUUUUUGGAAAAUGGAGCUAUUGUGUAAAAUCAAAAGACGGAUCAACCCAGUUGUUCUCUGUGGACAUCUGCAUUGGAGAGAUCAGCUGGUAUUUCUCUGGACAGAGGUGGUAGGGCAGGUGCUCUACACUGCCCUAGACAGAGGAAACACUUUUACUCGUUGAAUUGCACAUGCUCUGCUUCUUACAAAAGCAGGUGCAUUUGGUGUUGGAAGACAAAAAUCCCCUACCGUUUUCAUGCUGUGCUACAGAGAGAUCUCAGAUGCUCAUCUUUGUCCAGCCCCUUCCCUAGUGCACCUUAGUGCUGAGACUGAGCCAGCUGUGGGUCGGGUAGGUCGACCCUGUUAGGGACAGAGCCUAAUGGUAAAUCCGAGAGCAGUGAUCAUAUCCAAAGCUGACUCACAGAUCCAUGCUCUCCUGACAGCUGAGUGACACACAUUGUUCUGCUGGACAGACCAUUAGGGGCCAUGCCAAGAUCUACUUUAGAACAAACCCAGUACCUCAGACAGGAAAGUCAGGGCUUUCACCACUGCCACGUCUGGUAGCCCGUUCUCUAGGCAUUAGGAAUAGAUACGUAAGCUAGUCACACUUUUCAGACCAAUUCAAACUGUCUAUGCACAAAAUUCCAGUUGGGCCUGGAUGGAGGUAGUUUUUUAUUUUUAUUUUUUUUCUUUUCAGCUUUAUGAAGAAAGCGAAGGGAAACCAUCUAGGAUUCAACUUAACGGCCAGGAACCUGGCAGAGUAAUGAUUUAAGCUAAGGUUGGGAGGCUAAACAAAUCUACCUCCCUCUUUAUAAAUCAAAGAGUUGUUUGAAUUUGGGUGUUAAUUCUUUAAAUAAAGAUGAACUUGGUUUAAAGCCAAAUGUGAAUUUAUUUGGGCUGGUAGCAGAGAAGCAGCAGCACCUUCCAGUUCUUAGCCAAAGUAGGUGUUUUCCAUUUCUGUUUCACUGCAUGGUUUGUAAAAAUGUAACAGGAAGGCAGAAUUCUAUAGGAAGCUACUGAGAGAAGAACGGUGGAGAGACAAAGGAAGGUGUAAGUGGCCCAGGAGAAGCAGGAAACUUAAUUUCCUUAAUGGCACGCAGCGCGGUGGUAUUUCUAUCAUUCCCUCAGACUUUCAGAUUUACUAAUAGGACUGAGAGAGGCUUUAGUAAGCAAAGUAUAUUCAGAAUAAAACAGUAUAGGAAGAUGAGAAGACUGAGAGUAGAUUGGAAAGCCACAGCCGAGCUGUGCUCAGAAACGACCUGCAGAGGGGGCGUAUCAAAGCGGAUUCCUUCAACUGCAAUCACGGUAUGGAAUCAGUCCUGGCAGCUGCACCUAGGAGGCGACUAGAGCGAGUACAUGCGGGGUGGCACAUAUCUGCUGUUAAACUUCCUGGUUUGAGUUUUAUCAGUGAUAGUACGGUCCUCUUUUGAAGCCUUAAUUCACAUCAGCAGCUUUUUGGGGGAGUUGGGGGGUGUCAUUGUUCUUUACUGUAAGUGUAGCUAGUUGCUGACUCGUAUCUCAGGUUUUUGUGUUUGAGAAAUGAACAUUUCUUUGACUAGGAUGUGACUUAAUGUUUCCUAUGGUGACUGCUAAAACCAGGAUAGAAUGACAUGAUUCAAAACUCAACUGAUUUGAUCAUGAGGAUAUGAGCUUCACAGACAUAACUGGUAAUGUACAAAUGAUGUGCUACGAUGAUAGGCGGGAAAUGAAGGUAGGAGAGAGUAAACUGCAUGAGAAUUUUGUUACCACCAUUCUAAAAAAGUUCUGUUAAACGACCUGAGCUAGUUUUUAUAUACAUUUAAAUCUUUGAUGUAAUCAGACACUCUCAAGUUUCGCACGGUAGUUUUUGAUGUGUUACGUGUACACACACACACUGAAGGUGCAACAAUUCACCGCUUCCAGAACCUGGUCACAUCUGUCAAACGUGUUUUCACAAAUGAAAUAACUCCAUUGUUCAGUAUGUUUCAGGAGGAUUGGAGCACUUGGUUUUAACUUUGGGCAGAAGUUUGCAUCAUUUAGGCUUUCUCUUGGCCGUGGUCCCCUUCCUUCCUUUAACUGUGAUGUAGCCAUACACUACAACAUUUAAUCCUUGAUCACUAAUAUUAAAUAAUCAGUUCUUGGAAUCAAGACUGUUGUGCUGAAGGAGCAGCCUCAGAGGCAAGCUCUGGAGCUGUCUGGUGUCCCCACUGGUGCGUGGCUGGCUCCCUUCAGCAGGUCACCAUAGGGGAACCCCUGGCAUUUACCAGGGUGAUACAGAUGGUGAUUUUAAAAAGCAGAACUAGACUUCUAUGUGAGAAAUGCUGGAAAAUGGUUUAGGACAUUUGUAAAGUUAGGUGGAAAGACUGUAUAAUGUUUAAUGUGAAUAUAGUGUUCUUUGGAGUAAGGUAAGAUAGUGAAUGGUUAAAUUGUGCAUUUCUCAUUGCCAUGUGUCAUGUAUGUUAAUAUGAUGAAAUAAAAUCAAAACUGGUACCUGUUUAUACAUAAA